AUGUCGAGAUCAAUCGAAGCCGCAGACGGCCCUCGUUCAGGCUCACUGAAAACCUGUCCCUGGUCAUGGGAGCAAGAGCAGAAGGGGGGUCAAGGAAACCAGAAGGACCAAGAGAAUCCCGGCCAAGAGGAAAGCGGUUACUUCGCGAACAUGCGACAAUGGGCCAGUGAUCACCCCAUCCAGGCCACUGCCCUUGGAGCUGGUGCUGCGGUUCUAGUGUCGCCAGCAAUCGUGGCGUCGCCAGCUCUGGGACUCCUUGGGUUUGGAGCGAAUGGUAUUGUAGGAGGCUCUCUCGCCGCCGGGGCGCAGAGCGGUAUUGGGAGUGUCGUCGCACCCAGCAUUUUUGCAACGCUGCAGAGUGCCGGGGCUGGUGGAUAUGGCGUGGCCGCAGUUCAUGGGGUGGUGCAAGGAGCAGCUGCGGGGGGCCUGGGAGCGACAGGCAUCCGAGGCUGGUUUAAGAGACGAGGUGCGAAUGCGAAACCCGGUGAUGACCACGAAGAAAACGAGACAGCUGACGAACCCAAUGAGGAUGGUGGACCUGAAAGCAAUGCGCCGGGGGACGGUGGCCCGCAAGAUCAGGCAGACGAGGCUGGAGAUGCUCGGCCAGAUGAGCUCCAGGCCCACCUGUGA